AUGAAUCCUGACAAUAGGGAAUCUCAUAUUUCCACAACUACUCCAUUAUUUGGUGAUAAGAAGAACUCGGUAUUUUUAGUAUCCCCAACCAAAUCCUUGUCCUAUGUAAGGAAAUCUGGCAUACAGACACAAAAUAAUAAUGUUGAUAAUGAAACUGAUACAUUCAUGAGAUCCGGAUCUUUGGAUACUUUGAGUAGUAAAGGUGAUUCUUUUAUAACAGCAUAUUCAGCAGAGCAUAACUCUUCAAAUAUAACUCUCGAUAAUUACCAAGAUCAUUUUAAUGAAUUUCAACAAUUACAAGAGACUAACUCGGAUAAUAACUUGUACUUUGAUGAAAAAAUUAUCACAGAGAAUUCUCUUCUCGAAAACGAAUCUAAUCUGCAAGAUAACUUUAAUUUUGAUAUUGAUGCAACACCAUUGGUUAAGGGAAUAACAAAUAAACAGGAUAUUAGCGAUAUAACUACACCUAUACUACCGAGAGCUCAAAAUAAUAAUAGACAUUCAUUUGAAAAUGAACACUCUAUAGUUGAGCGCCAAUAUAUCAAUACCAAUGGAAAGAAAAUAAGUGGAUUGGGACUAAGUACAGCAUCUCUCGACAUGCUCAAUAAUUCUAUUAGUAUAAAAGAUAGAGAUUCAAUCUUGAAAGAUACGAAAGGCGCAUCACCUACUAGAGCAGUCAGAACAUCAAUGUUGGUAAAUGAGUAUACACAAAUUAUCCCAGACAGCGUAACUCCAGAAUUCCCUCUACCUGAUGAUAGGCAUAGAUUUGUUUCAAAUGCAAACACCGAAAAUAGUAAAGCGAUAAAUCAACGUUCUUCCUAUAUCACAAAUGAUUCUGCUAAUACUUCAGAUGAGUACAUAAAGAAUAAUAAAAGGUCUACUUUUCUAUCUGAUAAAGGUGAGUAUGACAAUAGAAAGCCGUCUGCUGCUUUAUUUGAUGAAACAAAGAAGACACAAGCAGCCCCAAGUAAUGACAAUAUAGUAAGCGCAGCGGUCGAGAAUGAAAAUUUAGCAUUCUUAUUUAUUGUUGCUACACAUUCUUUUGAUUCAACGUCUUUAAAUAACACUGAUGAUGAAUCCAUUUGCCUGUCUUUCAGAAAGGAUGAUGUUGCAUUCGUACAUACAGUUGAUGAAUCUGGAUGGGGUGAAGUAACACUGGUCAAAAACCAGGCUAGAGGAUGGGUACCUUUCAAUUACUUCUCAGAUUUAGUGAAAUCCGAAAACUAUACAAAAAAAGGAACUAAAGAAGAUACAUCUUCUAUUGUGGAAUCAAGAAAACCGUUAGAGGACCUACUUAAUACCUGUGCAAGAUUUUUAUUAUAUCCCCAAGAUGAGCCAUUGGAAGGUACUAAUGAAUUUACUUUCAAUAUAGAAUAUGUUAACUCUAUUAGAAAUGGUGUAAGAACAUUAUUAGAAUUAACUGAAUGCGUAUCACGUUCCAAUGAAUUAAUUCAGUCAAGUUAUGACCUGAGAAGAGCAAGAAAGAAACUACUUGCUGAUUGGUAUAAUUUGAUGAUAAAAUCUGAUCAUUAUAAACAUACUACAUCUAACGCAAAAAUUGGAAACUUAAUCACCCUGGUAUAUGAAGUUCUUAAAAGAGCAUUUACAUUCUAUGUUGUAUGGACCAAAGUGAAAGCAACUCAAGACACUGAGUCUGCAUCUAGAAGAACUUCGAUGCAACUAAACAAGUUGCCAGAGUCAGAAAUAAGACGAAGUAAAUCUAUUCAUAGAAGAAUGGAAUAUCUAGACACCCCACCAAAUGCUACUAUAAGAUUACAUGAAAUUUAUGAUAUUCUAUUUAGGUAUAUUGGUUUACUUUUAGGCCGUUUAGACAUCAUUGAACAUAAUCCAAAUAGUUGUGAAACGCUGGAGUAUAUUGUUCUUCAAAUGAUAAUAUUGUUAAGGGAAUUACUAUACAUUAGUAAAUCAUGUGCAACUAUAAUUCAACAAAAAUAUCACCAUACUUAUGAGAACCACUUAGAUGAAAGUUUAGAUCCUUUAUUAUCAUUCGUAUCUAUUUUGGUAUCAUGUAUCAAACAGCUAGUCACUCAGAUUUUAAAUGAAGAUUAUGAGAAGACUGCUACUAAUGUUCAAAUAAGAAAAGGAACUUACUUUUAUACUGAUGAAGGUAAGCAUCUGAUGAUGAUAUUAUCCAGCAUGGCACCAUUGAUAUCCAGUGCCGUUGCAUGUUGUGGUAACUAUAUAAGAAUAAUUGGAGAUUUUCAAUUGGGGUCUGAUAGAAAAUACCCAAAUUUUAAGAAAAUUAGAAUAACACCUGAAGAAUUUAUUAAAAAAUGUUCAAAUGGGAUCGUCAGCACUCUUAAUAAAGCUACAUUCCUGGGAGAUGAAUCGACUAAGGACAAAAGACAAAAAAGCAUUAAGGAGAUGCCACGGAAAAGGAUCUCUCGUUAUUCCACAAUUAGGGUUGGGGAUAAUAGUAACUUUUGCAUAUCACCUGAAGGUACUCAAUUUUUACAAGAACUAAUGCCGGAAAAACCAUUUUCAAGGGAUUCAAUAUUUGCAAAAUUUAAGAUAGAAGAUAAUGAAACUUUUGAUGAUUCCCAAGAUCAGUCACAGAAAGAUCAAAUUAAUAAUAGAGAGGUAAUGAUGGACCAAAUAAUGAUAGGGCCUGAUGAAAAUAUAAUUGGUGCAUCUUUUAAGUCUUUGGUAUUUAAAUUGACUGAUGAAGUAUGGAAGGUCGAUGAUUUUUUUAUAGCAACUGUGUUACUUAAUUUUAGAACAUUUGGGACUACUGUUGAUCUGAUCGAUUUGUUAAUUUGUAGAUUUGAUGUUAACAAUACGAGUUCUUUCAAUGAACACUCGAAGUCUUUUUCAACUGGAUCUGCCAAACUUAAAUUACGUAGAAAAUUAGUUUGCAAAAUAUUCCAAACCUGGAUGGAAAGUUACUGGGAUUAUGAAUCUGACUUUGAUAUAUUGGCCACGAUUAUUAAUUUUUUUAAUGAAGGGAUUAGUGUUUAUUUACCAAUUGAAGCAAAAAAUCUAAUCGAAGUCGCUGCUAAACUAUUUGUUGCAGCUGGAAACUCUAAUUCCCAUUACUUUAGAACUCAAAUAAAAAGUAUUGUAAUUCCAUACAAUGCAGAAAAAACAAAUACUUCAUCAGUGAUCUCAUCUACUUCCACAGAUUCAACGAAAUACAAAUCCUCACUAUUUUCUGUAGAUGAUAGAUUAAUCGAAGAAUAUGAAUUAACCCAUGUUAUCGAACCGCCUAACCAAAAUUCUUUUUCUCUACCAAUUCCUAUAUUAAAUAUUGGACGAUCAGCUUUAUUAUCUAAAUAUAAUAUACAGGAUAUGGAAUCUGCAGUUAGGAAAUAUAGAUCUUUUCGGGAUAAUGCUUUAUCUAAUACUGAAACAAGACAAUUUGAAGAACAAUCCGAUCUUGAAAUGUUAAUCAAAGAGUGGAAUGAAAUGGUUAAGAAUGAUCAUCACUUGAGUAAGUACAUUCAUUUGCCAUUAAAUCUAGUAGAUUUAAACCCCUUGGAAGUUGCAAAACAAUUAACGAUUAUUGAAUCAAAAUUGUAUUUAUCUAUCGAACCUUUUGAAUUAGUUAACGAUAACUUUUUAGAAAAGAAGAGAAAAGAAGGAUUGGCACCAAAUGUGAAUUUAAUUAUUGACUUCACAAAUCAGUUAUCACAUUACGUAAUUGAAGGUAUUCUUUCACCUAAUUUAUCUAAUCAAAGUAGAGCUGUUAGGCUAAAAGGCUGGUUAAAAAUUGCUCUGUCAGUUUUAUAUUUUCGUAAUUUUAAUUCUGUGGCAUCUAUAAUGACAGCCCUUCAAAACCAUGUCAUUACUCGUUUGACUGACAUCUGGGAAUUACUAGAUGAAAAGGAUAUGGAUUUAUUUGAUUAUUUAUCCAGAAUCAUCCAUCCUAAUAAUAAUUUCAAAGUAUACAGAAAAAAACUUAACUCUAUUCUGGAAGGUGAUACAGCAAAAACUAUUAAAGCCUCUAAGUGCUCUUUGCCAGUAGUACCAUUUUUCAACUUAUUUUUACAAGAUCUAACUUUUAUUAGUGAAGGUAACCCAAAUUACCGUAACGCAAACUCCUUUAGACCAGAUAAAACGAUCAAUAUUGAUAAGUACUUUAAAAUCAGCAAAUCGAUUUGCAUGGUUCAAUUUUUCCAAGUACCAUAUGAAACCAGAAAUCUUUCAACACCUACAAAAAGAGAAUCUUUUUUUAGUCUAACAGAACACAUGGAUGUUGAUACAAAUUGUAUCGCUCCAAUUCCUCUAUUACAGGAAUUUAUAUUGGACGAAUUUUGGAGAGUAAACACUUUGUAUUCACAAAAAGAUGACAGAGCAUAUGAGUUGAGUUUACAAUUAAAACCAAAAAACUAG